AUGGCUCAACAGCCCCUGCCCACUUCGGCACAACCUACCGACAUUUACGGUGGAGAUGAGGUUUCUGCGCUUGUACUCGAUCCCGGCUACUGCAGCACACGCGCAGGCUUCGCAGGCGAAGAUGUGCCCAAGUCCAUUCUGCCCUCGUUCUACGGUCGCGUCACCAGCCAUCCUCAUAGAGACCUCUUUGGCGACGAGUACAUCAUCCCCCGGCCCGACUUCGAGGUCCGCAACUACAUGAACCGAAACAGCGUCGUUGAGGAUUGGGACGUUGCAUCCCAGAUUUGGGAGAACAUGCUUGUCAAACGAUUGCAACCAGAACGACCCACGACACCAUCCAAGAACGGAUUGAAUGACGAUGUCAAGGAGCAGGACGGCGAGGGCGAUAUAACCAUGGGCGACGAGGUUGAGGCGCAGGAAAAGCCCCUGGAGGAAAACCCGCUGUUGAUGACGGAAGCGCCUUGGAACACGCCGAAAUCCAGGGAAAAGGCCAUCGAAAUCAUCAUGGAGAACUGGGGAUGCCCUGCGUUCUGGCUCAGCCGCACACCUGUGCUCUCCGCUUUCGCUGCCGGCAAAGCUACGGCUCUCGUCGUCGAUGUGGGCGGCGCCAACACGUCUGUGACGGCUGUGCAUGAUGGCAUGGUUCUUAAGCGCUCCAUCCAGCGCUCUCCUGCCGCAGGUCUCUGGCUUUCGUCCCAGAUCCGCAGCAUGUGGGAAACCUCGGAGCCAAAGGUACCGCUGACUCCUACUUUCAUGGUGGAGAACAAGACGCCUGUGGAUGCCCUGGCUCCUUCUCAGGCUCGCAUGCGCCAUUUCGCCUUCCCAAUCCACGAUUCCUUCCGCGCCUACGAGGAGGAGCGUGUGCUCACCGAGUUCAAAGAAUCUGUCGUCGAAGUCUGGCGGGGACCUGGUCGAUACAGCGCUUCCGGCAACGAGGACUACGUCAAGACACAGCCUGGCCGCGUCUUCGAGAUGCCCGACGGUUACAACCAGAUGUGGCGAGAGCAGCGCUUCAAGGUCACCGAGGGCCUGUGGGACGAGAACGCAGGAUACCCCGUGCCCGAGUCGGAACGCCUUACCAAGACCCAAACCAUUCCCGAGCUUAUCCGGGCAUCUCUGGGCGCCGUUGAUGUCGAUCUCCGCGGCAACUUGCUUGCCAAUGUCGUGGUCACUGGCAGCACCAGCCUGAUCAACGGCUUCAACGACCGCCUGAGCAACGAAUUGACCGCCAUGUACCCCGGCCUCAAGGUCAAGAUCCAUGCGGCUGGUCUGACGAGCGAGAGAAGAUUUGGAUCCUGGAUAGGUGGCAGUAUCCUCGCCAGUUUGGGGACCUUCCACCAGAUGUGGAUAUCCAGAAAGGAGUACGAGGAGAAUGGCGCCGGAGUGGUCGAGAAGCGGUGCAAGUAA